CUUUCUUUCUUGUGUCUGUGUGUGUGUGAGAUAUCGGCUGGAUAGCAUCGUAAUGCAUGCUUUCGUGGCUCUUUUUCCUUUUUCUUUCUUUGAGCAAAUCAAGAAUGAGGCAGGAAUGGACUUUCCCGUGCUUGGAUGGGAUCCGAACCCUUGCAGAAAGUGGUCGUUUUAAGGUUCCACGAUUCCAUUUUUUCUUUUCUUUUUCUUCUUUCUUUCUUUCUUUCUUGUGUCUGUGUGUGUGUGAGAUAUCGGCUGGAUAGCAUCGUAAUGCAUGCUUUCGUGGCUCUUUUUCCUUUUUCUUUCUUUGAGCAAAUCAAGAAUGAGGCAGGAAUGGACUUUCCCGUGCUUGGAUGGGAUCCGAACCCUUGCAGAAAGUGGUCGUUUUAAGGCAUGGUUCUUGGAUCAGUUUGGAGUUCUUCAUGAUGGGAAAAAACCAUAUCCUGGUGCCAUUUCAACAUUAGAAAAGCUAGCAUAUCAUGGCGCGAAGAUGGUAAUCAUAAGUAAUUCUUCUAGGCGAGCGUCUACAACCAUAAAUAAGCUAAAGAGCCUUGGCUUUGAUCCUUCUGUUUUUCUCGGGGCAAUCACUAGUGGAGAAUUAACACAUAGAAGCCUUGAAAGGAGGGAUGAUUCAUGGUUUGCGGCACUAGGAAGAUCUUGCAUUCACAUGACCUGGAGUGAUCGUGGUGCAAUAUCUCUCGAGGGCUUAGGCUUGCAAGUUGUGAGCAGUGUGGAUGUUGCAGAAUUCAUACUGGCUCAUGGCACUGAAGCACUUGGUCUUCCUUCUGGUGAUGUAGUCCCUGUGGAUCUCGAGGUUCUUGAACAAAGCUUGGAGCUAUGUGCCGAGAAAAAAAUUCCUAUGGUGGUAGCAAAUCCCGAUUAUGUGACAGUUGAAGCUCGAGCUUUGAGUGUUAUGCCUGGUACACUGGGAGCUAAAUAUGAAAAACUUGGUGGUGAAGUCAAAUGGAUGGGUAAACCUGAUAAGGUGAUCUAUACAUCAGCUAUGGCCAUGGCUGGUGUAAAUGCUUGUGACUGUAUCGCUGUGGGAGACUCUCUCCACCAUGACGUAAAGGGUGCAAAUGCAGCUGGAAUUGCAUCUGCAUUUAUUACUGGGGGGAUUCAUGCUACGGAACUUGGACUUAGUGGCUUUGGGGAAGUUGCAGGCACUGAUGCAGUUCAGUCUCUGGCUUGUAAAUAUGAUGCCCAUCCAUCUUAUGCUUUGCCAGCUUUUACAUGGUAGAACGUUCACUUAUGUUGCUUUUGGUUCAUGUUCCGGGAUGGGGAGAAAACUCCAGAUGGAAGCCAUUGCUUCAGGAAAGAUUUCAAGUCGUGCUAGAUUGCCGAGCUACUCAAACUUGUUCUUUUGAAGGACUCAAGAACUCCUCGCACUCAUGCAUGAGUUAUUUGUUGCACCUCUCUUAUGCUUCAGGGGUUGCUUUUGUGUGAAGAGAGAACAGGAUGUCACAAGACGCGUGGGAAAUUUGGUUAUUUUUUAUGGCCAGACCUAUAUACAUGGUGCAUUUCAAAUAUGAUCCGUGUGUUUUCAAGGGAUGUAAUUGAAUUAGUUGAUAGAUUAUUAUUGUUUUCAUUAUGAUUCAUAUGUCCUGCUGCUGUAGUGAUUAAAUAAAAUUUUUAACAAAUAUUCUCCAGAAUUCAUAAUGACUUGGGAGUUGCACAUAUGGUCAAUUUUUAUAUUCGUG